AUGCGCAGAUUUCUCUUAGUAACUUUCAUUUGUGUACUUUUCGUAGCGGUCACUUACUGUGCCUCAGAUAUUGAUCUGAAUGAACAUAAUGUUGAUUUAAAUGAAAAUCUACUACGUGAAAAACGUCAAUUUGGAGGAGGUUUUAGACCUGGCGGUUAUGGCGGCUUUGGUGGAGGUUACAGACCUGGUGGUUAUGGUGGCUUCGGAGGUAGACCAGGUUAUGGUGGAUACGGAGGUUAUGGAGGCUUCAGACCAGGUGGUUAUGGCGGGUAUGGUGGUUAUGGCGGUAGACCAAGUGGAUGGUAUCCUGGUUUAGGUGCUCGCGGUUAA